AUAAUAUAAUCGGACGUGUCGAUAUUAUGUAGUGUGCAUUGUACAAUGUUUUGGAAAAGUAAAGUGAUUAUUAAACAUUCAGCGCCCAAAAUUAGCAAUAUAGCAGUAAUUUACAAGUAACUUAGUCUACAAGUGGCUGACUUUCACAAAAUUUAAACUAAGAUUUGGGACACAAUUUGGAGGUGGAUGCAUUAAAUUAAGGGCAAACCAAAGCAAACGAAGCAACAACAACAACAAUGUCAGCGGCGGCAAAUGUUGCUGAGCAAUCAGAAAAUAUGACGCUUUGGUUUAACGAGAAGCUAUCACUGAAAGAGGAGGGGAAAAAGAACAAUAACAGCAAUAAUAACAUGAGUAGCACUAACAAAUAUAUUGCGCCAGCCACAACGGCCUCUCCAAAGAUGUGUCCCACCAGCGUAAACAAUAACAAUAAAGAAUUCAAUGAAAUCUGCAAAAAAGUGCUAGCUGGCCAAAAAGUCAUGAUCAUCAUGCGAGGCGCUCCUGGUAGCGGCAAAUCAACAUUGGCCAAAUCACUACUACAACAAUCUCGACUUCUCGAUCAGUACACGCAUCAGGACUUUGUUUUUAGCAGCGAUGAUUACUUUUUAACUCGGCGUGGAUACGAGUUCAAUCCCACCUUGCUGCCAGACGCCCACGAGUGGAACAAGCGGCGGGUGAAUCAAAAGGCUGUCUCCGGUUGGAGUCCCAUCAUUGUGGACAACACAAAUAUGAUGAUCUGGGAAAUGCUUCCCUAUGUACAGAUAGCCGUACAACAUGGAUAUAUUCUGGAGCUGUUGGAGCCUCAAACGAACUGGUGCAAGUCAGCCGGAAAAUUGGCGCAAAGGAAUACACAUCAGGUGCCCAAGGAGAGUAUUCAACGGAUGCUAGAUCGCUACGAAAAGGCCAGUGUUGCCAUGCUGUUAAAGCUUCUGAAGGAAACCAAAUACACAGUUCCGUUACCACAGCUGCGAUUGCAGCCGCCGCUGCCAGCAUUGGAACCAAUACAACCGGAAUGUGUUAAUACGAAUGCCCAAGUGGAUGUCCAAGUGGAUGCUCGGGAGUCGACCAAUGCGGAUGGCUUUAAGCUGAAUGCUAAUGCACAAAAUUGGGUACCCUAUGAGCAAAAUGCGCCCAAUUACUGGGCACAAUUGAUCGAACCGAACAUUCAGACACCAGCAACGAGCGCUGCUAGCCAAGGGAAGAUUACGCUGGUGGAUUUGCUGCGUGAUGAGCAGACGUCUACGGCUGCCUCGGCAUCAUCCGUAGAUGCCACCUGCGAGCCCUUGCAGCGACACAGCGUCAACUGCCCCAACGAGGCGGAUGGCUUUGUGCUGCUCCGUCAAAUGUAUCCCAAUAAACAGCUGCCUGGCCUCUGGGAUUUAUAUGUUAAGUGCAACGGCGAUGUGGACUGGGCAGUGGAUAUAUUGCUGAAAGAAGACGAGCUCAAUGGCGAUGCUGCGGAUUAUGCUGAUGAGGCUUUGUUGCUGCAGGAGAGCGAACAGUUUCAAUGCUCUUGCAACAGAAGCAACUUACGCCUGGAAACGGCAGCCCCAUCCGCCUUGUCUCCACCCAUCGGUAGCAAAUGCUCUGCUAAACCGCAGAGACAACCACGUGCCAGACGCAAUGUUGCAGCCAGCUCAGGUGGCAGCCAUUUGAACAAGGAGUUGCAGAUGCAUGUUGAGAACUGCUUUGUCCUGGGCGAUGAUCAAUACUCAGAGCAUACGCGGAAAAUACGUGAUAUACGAAAUGGAGUCUUGGAUCAACCUGCGCUGCCAGUUGAGCCACCACCAGUGGUCACUGCCGAUGAGGAUGACGAUGAUUCCGAGGAUAAUGCCCUGCUGGAAAUGGAAUUGGACGUAGGUUUGAUUAGUCAGCUGCGCAGCAAUUUUCAAUGGGAGGGAGAAAUGUUGACCAACGAGUCAAAGCUCUCACCCACCAAAGUGUUUGUGCCGCGCCAGCUUGCCAAGCAACUCUACAUGGUCUAUGUGGAGGCCGAGCACAAUCAAUUGGAGGAACAACGUCAGCAAACAUUGCGUGACGAUGAGCAAUUUGCGCGUCUGCUCAAGAAUCCCAAAUACGCCGACUAUAGAGAAUCGCCAGACAACGUGAAUGAACUGCUUGACAUGGAGCUGGCUUGGAGCAUUUACAAUAGUGAAAAGCAGGCAGCAUCGCAAGCAUUGCGAGAAAAGCCCAACGACAUUGCCACACACUUGACCAAGAUGAAACUGUGCGAGAAAUUCCCAGAUGUACCCAACGAUACUGUGCUGGAGAUCUUUGAAGCCACAGAAAACAACUACAUCAAGACCGUGGAGAUACUGGGCACUGAUUUGAAAAGCGAGCUAACCGUUGCCGAGCUCUAUGAGCAGGCACUACGCGAAAAAGAAAAGCUCAAUGAAGAGGAGAAACAGGAGGAACAGCAGCAGCAACCUUCCGGCAAGUUAUCCAGUCCGCGCUCCACGAGCAUCGCCAAAUCACAGUCGCCUCAGUUGCAUGAGGAAGCAAAGAGUGCGGCAUUGCGGGACUUUGAAGAGACACGCAAUCUGGCCGCCCAUCACUCGCAAUUGAGGGCCGAGUGUUAUCUGAAGGCCAAGCAGGCGAUACAGCAGGGAAAUGGCAGCGUUGCUCUCUACUAUUCGGAGAUUGCACAGCUGCACAAGAAGAAGAAUGAUGUGUUCAAUCAUCGUGCCGCCAAUUGCAUCAUGGAGGUGCACAAGCACACGCAAAACAACCCAGAUCUUUUAGAUCUGCACUAUCUGCAUACCAUGGAGGCGGUUAGCUGUCUGGACUUGUUCCUUGAUCGCCAUAUCACCGUACUGCGCAAUUGCACUCGCGUCUAUAAGCAUUUGUAUAUUAUAACAGGCCGAGGACUGCAUAGCGCCAAUGGUGUAUCCACCAUUAAGAAGAGGGUGAAGGCCAGACUGGCUGAACGACGAUUACGAUACACAAUGUGUACAAAAGUGCAUGCUUAUUCUACAUAUCUAAAACUUAAGCCUACAAAAAUCGAGGGCAGUCAGAACGAACGUGUCAUAUAUGGCGUUUGUUGUUGGGGCCAGGAUUGGCCGGAAUAUGGAAACUAGAUUGACGCGACUCCGUUUGGGCGUACUGCGAGAUGCGGAGUUGGGAUUCGAGCCGGAAUUGGCGCUUUUGUUGAGAGUCUCCCUUGGCGGCGUAUGCAGAAAUACGCCUUCAAAUAUGGUUUCCAAGCUGUUGGCCCGACUGAUGCCAGCUAUUGAUUCAUCUGCAUUGUCCUUGGGUGCACUGAUUUGUGCAUUGAUCUCAUGCAAGGGAACGAAAUCUGGAUUGUUUUGACGACCGGGACUGCGUUGUUGUGGUGCCUCCUGCUUUGGGGUUUCAAUAUCCGAGACAUUCAAGUCAUCGAUGGGAGACGGUGUGCGACCAUGAGGUGAGUAGGCGCGUAUCUCAAAUGCGGGCAGCUCAUCACAGUCCGCCGGUUCGCCCAGUUCCCGUUCGAGGGCCAAUGAUAAGUCACUUUCACUCUCCAGCGACGACAGCGAGCACUGCAGGCGAAAGGAGCUGUUAAGCUGUAGCUCAAUGCUGCACAUCUUUAAAGUAUUUACCGCAUCAGCAAUCGCAUCCGAUGUUGUGUCCAUGUUGUGCGUCCCGCGUGCUGUACUUAUAUGCAAUGCCGAGAUAUCGUCAAGCAUUACAAAUAUGAGCAAAAAUCGCAGCCUUUGAAUUAUUGGGCUGCCUGCCUGCUCGCCCUCUGCCUCCUUUGGGUCUCUGCUGUCGCGUGAUUCGCGGAAAUUUGGUAAUGCAGGUAGGAAAACGCAAUAAACGAGCACGUUUUGGAAUUAUUGCCGCACCGGUCGGCUGGUAAACAAAUUAUAUAUUGUUAUUUAUCGAAACGCUAUCGAUAACUGGAAAUUCGAGUCAACGACAGGGUGACCAUAUCGCAUCAAGCAAAUAUACUGCAAAAUACUGUACAAAGUUAUACAGCACUAAAUUGAUUUGAAUUUUAUCUGUUUGCUUUAAAAAUGAUUUUUACAUCAAGCUCUGAUUUUUCAUGUUGAAUCUGCCUUUUUUCAUUAGCCCAUUCAAAAUGUAUUACCCCACUGUAAUAAAUCAAACAAUGUAAUUUCAAUAAAUUAUUUUUCGUAACUUU